GUCGAUAAUAUUCGAAGACAAACGUCUCUGCAUGUAAUUACCAAGGACUUCUUCAUUAUUUGAAAUGUCAGUAUUUACCCAUUUAUAGUUGGUUCAUGAUGUGAAAUCUUCAUUUGUUAUUUGGUGAGAUUAAGAGAAUUCGUCAAAAUAUGAAGUGGAUUUUGUCGGUUCUAUUCACAUUGGUCACCAGUGUUAUGAGUGUUCCCGUUGUGAACGAUGCUGAUGCUACCAUAACCAGUUAUGAUUAUCAGCUUAGGGAAAAUGGAUACAGUUUCUCUUAUUCAACCAGCAAUGGAAUCACAAGGCAAGAAAAUGCGUUUAUAAUCGGUGAUCCGAAUAGGAUAAACGACGAUAACCAAAUUAUUAUAGUAAAUGGAUUCUAUUCCUAUACCGAUAAGGAUAACAAUAUGUAUCGAGUAGAAUAUGUAGCAGACGAGAAUGGUUACAGGGUUCUUGAAAAGACACCACUUUCUGCGCCUUCUGGAGGUUUUGGGGCUGCUGGAGGUUAUUCGGGUUCUGCAGGUUCUGCACCUUUAGGUCCUACCUAUCAAAGUAUUGGUCAAUCACAGUCCUACAGCCCCCAAGAACCAAAACCUAUUUCGUCAGCAGCCUUAGCUUCUCUUGGUGGAUCGUCAUAAGUCUGAGCAAUAAUUAUUAUUGCUCAGACAAUGUAUUAACUCCAUACAUUUUUAUUCAG